AAACGAUACAACAAUUUUUCGAUUGCAAUGAUCAUAAAUGAUUCAUGACAUAAUUUUUUAUUCUAAUGGUUACUUGGGAGAAAAGAAAAGAGGAAGCAAUCAAUUACAGGCUAUCAAGAAAAGACAAAAGGGAGUUAUUGCAACAAACCUCGUUCCACUACACCACACCGCACCGGUGAGCACCGGCGGGGCUCGCCGGCGGCCUCGUGUCGUCGGAGCCGGCGUUAAAGACGGGGUUUCGCCGUGGGUCUGCCAAUGGGUGUUCGUGAAAGUACGUCGUCAUAGAUGUGUUUGAUUCAGGAGGAGGAUGGGAAGUAAGCGUUCCCCCAAGCCAAAUAUCCCUGAGUCACGCCUCUCCCCCUCGUCGAUCGAUAUCCCUCAGCUUUCUGGUUGGAAUCAGAAUUUGAGGAGGAAUCUUGGGGGUUUGGAGUGUCGAAUAGGGUUUGAGCAGAGAUCGAUGGCGGCCGCGGAGGAGGGCGUGACGUACGAGAGCGAUCCCGCGGAGGCGCGCUGCCCACGAUGCGCCGUAGGGGGGGCGAGCGACGAGGAGGAAGGGGAGGGAUCCGACGGGCGAGGGAAAGUCUAAGGUGCAUGGCUGGAUGCGACGACGAGUCAAGGCGGCGCGGAGGCUUAUGAUGACGAAGAGGAAUGCUACGAGGAGGAGGAGGAGGAGGAGAAGAAGCGGUGGAAGGCGAAGUUGGAAUCGUGCUGUUGUGGCAGUGGGCGGAAGCCCCGGCGAGGGAGAUGGACAGAAGUUUGGUAGGAAGCUAGAGGAAAUUAAGGACAAGAAUCAGGUGGACGAUGAAGAUAAGAAGAGAUGCAUGAUGAUCGAUCGGUUCCAGGAGAAUGGCAGAGGACGCCACAGGCAUAUGUUUGGUAGGCGCAAAUUGCGGGACCCAAAAGAUGAACGUGCUUGGGUGCACGAUGGACUUAAAGAAAUGAAUCUGCAUGAAACACAUAACAGUGAGGUCACCUGUAAACCAUCAAGAGCCAGCAUCAGAUGAUGAUAUCGGGAGACAGUCUCCUCAAGCUGCAAGCAUGCAAUCAGACCAUGUUCUUCCAUAGAAGAAUACAUUUGCUUCAAGCGUCAAUUCUGUGUCACCCUCAAUUUACCCCUUUGGGUCAAGACACAACCUUGAUCCAGAAAAGGGCUGUGCAAACUGGAAGUACCAAUAAGGCCAUUUCUUGAUUGAGAGGGAUGGAAGAAAAUGCUAUUACAUCCCAGUCUAACUCAUCAAUGAAAUAUGGUUGGCCAUGAUAGGUUGUAUAUGGACGAUUCCCUGGAUCCGGCUGCAGGAAUGACUGCAACUAACUCUAGUCUCCAGCCUUUAGGAUCUUUAUUGCCAUUAAAAAAAUUAUUCAGUCUGCUAGUUGUAGGGUUCAAGUGAGGGGCUUAAGUACUGCAGGACCUCCAGAUAGUCCCUUCAGAAUCACCAAUUAGCCAAGUUGGAAGAGUUGCUGCUCAAAUUAAACCUAUUUUAACUGAACACGACCGGUUCAAGUUCCAACACAAUCUGCAAUGGGAAUUUCAACUCGGCAACUGGUCCAGUCCCCUGUGAUGGAAAUCAAGCAUCAGCUUCUCUGCCCUCAUCUGCCAAUUCAUCUCAAGUUGGAGAAACUGAUUCACCUCCAGGUUCAAGUAAAUCAAACAUCUCACUGGGGUGGAAAAGCUAGGAUUAGCAACCAAGCAAGUGGAAGCGACUCUUUUCUGUAUGGUGGAGCUCAGGUGAUUGGAGCAACUGGAGCUAUGGGCCUUGCCUACGGUGAUCAAAACUUUCCUGUCACUCCAGUAAAUUUACCAGUUACGCAACUUGAGGGUCAGCAUCCUGGUACUGUUGGGUUUUCUGCUACGAGAAUUGCUCUUCCGGGACAUGUAGCUCAGCAGCAACUUGGUUUUAGCAAUUCUGAAAUCACUUGAACAUUUGUUAAUACUACGUUCACUGCUUGGACAAGGUGAUCCUAUGUUCCAGGCUGUGGUGGAGGCUCGUCCAAAUGAUACGGUCGGUGGGGAAGCUUUUCUUUUAAGAGUUCCGAAGCAAUAACCGAGAUCAAUCUGCAGUGGCGUUCUACUCCUUUUUUUGGUUUCUUUGUUGCUAUGACUGUUGCUUGUUGAGUGGAACAUUAUGUUGUUUGA